AUGGGGGAUGUGAUGGACAACAGCACUUGCGAAAGGCUUCAGUACUUCCAAAUAACUGGUCAAGAUACAGCUUCCUUUCCAAAACAACCUCGCCGCAUGCAGACUUGGUUUACUUUUACUGAGGUUGUGAUGGUGACCUUCACUGUAUGUCCUCAUUAUUAUUGCAGGAACAAUGGCUCCAGCUUUGGAGGGGAGCUGCUGUUUGGAGGUGUGGAUGAAACCCGGUUUGUUUCUCCCAUCAACUGGAUUCCAGUCACUCAGAAGGGAUAUUGGCAGAUCAGAUUAGAUGUUGUGAAGGUUCAGGGAGCCCUGAGUUUCUGCUAUCGUAGUACUCAAGGCUGUCAAGCUGUAGUGGACACAGGAACUUCUCUAAUCGGUGGCCCAGCCAGAGACAUCCUGCUCCUCCAGCAGUUUAUUGGAGCAACACCCACUGCUGUUGGAGAGUAUCUUGUAGACUGUGUCAGGAUCAGCAGUCUUCCUGUAGUGUCCUUCUUGAUCAAUAAUGUGGAGUAUUCUCUCACUGGAGAACAGUAUAUCAGGAGGGAGACGUUGAACAAUAAGGAGAUCUGCUUCAGUGGCUUUCAGGCCAUAGAUGUCCCAUCUCCAGUUGGACCCGUCUGGAUUCUAGGAGAUGUUUUCCUCUCUCAGUUUUACAGCAUCUAUGACAGAGGUCAUAAUCAGGUUGGAUUGGCUCAUCUUUCAGAAAAGUCAAAAAUCUCUGUAUAGACCACAUCUCAUAUCAGAAUAUGCUGCUGGAUGCAGAAGAACCUAAUAAAUGUUUUCUCAUCCUCUAUUAAAUCAUUACACUUCAUCA